AUGUUGAGAAUCGGUUCUACUCGUUCUUUCAGUUCUUCUGCUCUUUUGAAGACAGUUACCAAGAAGCACGACCUGGUCGUCAUUGGUGGUGGUCCAGGUGGUUACGUUGCUGCUAUUAAGGCUGCUCAACUUGGAUACGAUGUUGCAUGUGUCGAAAAGAGAGGCAGACUAGGUGGUACUUGUUUGAAUGUCGGUUGUAUUCCAUCUAAGGCUUUGUUGAACAACUCUCACUUGUACCAUCAAAUGAAGACUGAUGCCAAGGCCAGAGGUAUCGAUGUGAACGGUGACAUCAGUGUCAACGUUGCCCAAUUCCAAAAGGCUAAGGACACUGUCGUGAAGCAAUUGACCGGUGGUAUUGAGAUGUUGUUCAAGAAGAACGGUGUCACCUACUACAAGGGUCUUGGUGCCUUUGAAAACGAAAAGGCUAUCAAGGUUCUGCCAGUCGAAGGUCUAGAAGGUUCUGUUACCGAGGACCACUUGUUGGAAACCGAAAAGAUCAUUGUUGCUACCGGUUCCGAAGUCACUCCAUUCCCAGGCAUCACUAUCGAUGAGGAAAGAAUCGUUUCCUCCACUGGUGCCCUUUCCUUGAAGGAAAUCCCAAAGAGACUUGCUAUCAUCGGUGGUGGUAUCAUUGGUUUGGAAAUGGGUUCUGUCUACUCCAGAUUGGGCUCAAAGGUUACUGUCAUCGAAUUCCAACCUCAAAUUGGUGCUUCCAUGGACGGUGAAGUCGCCAAGACCACCCAAAAGAUCUUGAAGAAGCAAGGUCUAGAUUUCAAGUUGAGCACCAAGGUCAUGUCCGCCACCAGAAACGGUGACGUUGUGGAUAUCGAAGUCGAAGGUGCCAAGGACGGUAAGAAGGAAUCCCUACAAGCUGACGUCCUAUUGGUUGCCGUCGGUAGAAGACCAUACAUCGCCGGUUUGGACGCUGAAAAGAUCGGUCUAGAAGUUGACAAGCGUGGUAGAUUGGUCAUCGACGAACAAUUCUCUACUAAAUACCCUCACAUCAAGGUCAUCGGUGAUGUUACUUUCGGUCCAAUGUUGGCUCACAAGGCUGAAGAAGAAGGUAUCGCUGCUGCUGAAUACUUCAAGUUGGGUCACGGUCACGUUAACUACGGUAACAUCCCAUCCGUUAUGUACUCUCACCCAGAAGUCGCUUGGGUUGGUAAGACCGAAGAACAGCUAAAGGAAGCUGGUAUCCAAUACAAGGUCGGUAAGUUCCCAUUCAUCGCCAACUCCAGAGCUAAGACCAACAUGGACACUGAAGGUUUCGUUAAGAUCUUGAUCGACGCUGAAUCUGAACGUUUGCUUGGUGCUCACAUCAUCGGUCCAAACGCUGGUGAAAUGAUUGCUGAAGCUGGUUUGGCUCUAGAAUACGGUGCUUCUGCUGAAGAUAUCGCCAGAGUUUGUCAUGCCCACCCAACUCUUUCUGAAGCAUUCAAGGAAGCUAACCUAGAUGCUUACUCUAAGCCAAUUAACUUCUAA